CACAUCAAAUAAAAAUGAGCCAAAGUUAUAGCAUUGUUGCGAUGGUUGAGCUAAAAUCUCACAUUGAGAAGUUCUAUGGCUUCUUCAAAAACCAUGUGGGAGAUUUGGUCAAUCUAUUUCCAGAUUUAUACCAAAGCAUUCACCUUGUAGAAGGCCAAUAUUUCUCUGUUGGAUCUGUUAUACUAUUUAAAUACCAUCUUGGAGCCGAUCAAGUUGUUUCAGAAAAAUGGUUAGUGAGAGGUGUGGAUGAUGCAAAAAAAUGCAUAAUCUAUGAAGCUGUUGAAGGAGACAUGCAAAAGUAUUACAAAGUUCUUAGAACAAAGCUGGAAGUUGUUAAUAGAAGAUCAAGCAAAAUAGGAAAAGGAAGCUUCGCAAAAUGGACUGUUGAGUUUGAAAAGGCUAAUGAGAAUGUGCCUUCACCUGACAGCCACAUGGAAAUUUUUGUCAAAAUUUCCAAAGGAAUUGAUGCUUAUCUUUCCAAACAACUAAUUAAACCCUAAAAACCCAACUAUGUUAGUGUGUGUGAGACCUAAACUAUGCCUCUUGUUUUAAUUUAUCUCCUUGGUUUGUUCUCAAACGAGAAAUUAUGUGUAAUGUGAUCUAUGUACACUAAGAAUAAUUAUACAUAUGGGAUUUAGGGAAAUGUGUGUAUCUGAUGUAAUCUGUAAUAUUUUGAAGAUGAAAAAAUAGACCUGUGUUUUUUUU